AUCCGGCUUUGCUAGUCUCCUCCCUCCCGCAGAAGAGAGCCGGGGACUCCGUGACAACAACAGCCAGUCAGUCCAUGGCUGCUUGCGACACCAGACCGCGCCUGCUCGGCCCAUCGACUCCCGCACAUUUAACACGAAUGACGGAAAGGUGGCAACCGGUCCAAUGAAAUGAGCCGCAGAACUUCUGACCCACCCUGUAGAACCAACAGCACUGUGGUUUUGCUGUCCACCUGAAAAUGACUCAAAGAAAUGGAACCCGAGCAACAGUCAAUCGUCUGCUGCAACCGGAAGACGACGCGGUCACUAAUGGCCUCGAGCUCAGGAACGGCAGUGACGUGAGGGAGACCGACGAGGAGGCGGGACAAAGUGGGACGACCCAAGUGGAGGAAGCUCCAGAUGGCGGCUGGGGGUGGGUGGUGCUGGUCGCCACUAUCAUUGUCCUGGCGCUGACACUGGCAUUCCCGUCCUGUGUGGGGAUCUUCUACACUGACCUUCAGAAUGAGUUCCAGGCCUCCAAUAGUGAGACGUCCUGGGUUCCAUCCAUCAUGACGUCAGUGCUGCACGCUGGAGGUCCAUUCUGCAGCGUACUAGUGGAAAGACUUGGUUGCCGGGCAACCGUGAUGGUGGGCGGAGUCCUGAGUGGACUUGGGAUGGCAGCCAGCUCCUUCACACGCUCCAUUACUGAAUUGUACAUCACAGCAGGGGUCAUCACCGGUUUGGGCUUCUGCUUCAGUUUCCAGCCAGCGGUGACCAUCCUGGGGCACUACUUUGUUCGGCGCCGUGCGUUCGCCAAUGCAAUGUCGUCCACCGGCACAGCGCUUGGUCUGUGCGUGCUGCCAUUUCUGGGCAACUUCCUGCACACUGAGCUCGGCUGGAGGGGCAGCUUCCUGGUUUUGGGCGCCGUACUGCUCAACUGCUGCGUGUGCGGUGCUUUGAUGAGGCCAGUACAGAAACGAAGGCCUCAAGGUCAGCCACUGCUGAACCACCAACCACAGCCAGACAAGGACAACCUGGAGGGUCUGAAGUGGUGGAAGAAGCUCUGGGGUCACCUGCUGUUGUCUCUGAGCAAACACAUGGCUUUCGACCAGCUGUGCCACAAUCCUCGCUACUGUGUCUACGCCAUGGGAAUCACCUGGAUGAUGCUCGGGUUCGUUGUGCCGCUCAUCUACCUGGUUCCUUACGCCACCGCCUACAACAUGGAACCUGGCCGCGCCGCUAUGCUGCUGUCCAUCCUGGGCGUGGUCAACAUCAUAGUGCGACCACCCAUCGGCAUCGUCUUCAACCUGUCCUGGUUCAAGGGUCGCCACGUUUACGUCUUUGCCUCCGCCCUGCUGGUCAACGGGUUGAGCAACAGCAUUUGCUGCCUGGGCGCUGACUUCGCCACCCUGGUGUCCUACGUGACCAUCUACGGUCUGUCCAUGAGCGUGGUGGGCUCGCUGAUGUUCACCGUUCUGAUGGAGGUCGUGGAGAUGAGCCGUUUCCCUUCAGCACUUGGACUCCUUGCCAUCAUGGAGAGCGUCACGUUGCUCAUCGGGCCGCCUCUGGCAGGAGUCCUGGUGGACAGAACUGGUCACUACUACCCCGUCUUCGCGGCCUGCAGUGUAGUUGUAGCCUCAGCUGCCGUCUUUCUCUUGGCGUCGUUCUGCUGGCUGGACAAAAGAGACCAAAGAUUGGCUAGUCAGACUUCAGCGGGCACAAUAGCCCAUCCACUUGAUCCUCCGGCUCUUGACCUGAUCCAAAUCACGGGAGACAAAACACCCGCCAACAAAGAUGAGGUCAUCACGAGUGGCUGAUGCUGGUUCUGACCAUGAGGAUAUCUGGAGUCUUCAGCUGCAUUCAAGUUCAUCAUUCACCAAAAACACGUGUGCACCUCUCAUAUCGAUCAAAACUACAGUUCUUCAAAGCACUAGUGACUUCCUCUCAAGCACAACAUAUGAAGAUCACUAAAAAAAAACUUUUGCUGGAUUUUAACUGAAAACCCCAAAUUCAACUAUUAUUUUAACUGCUUAUGGAGAGCAAUACUGCUGUUUUUAAACAAUUUUUUUAAGUAAAGCAAUUUGUCCAACAUAUAUAUAUAUAUAUAUAUAUAUAUAUAUUUUUUUUUUUUUUUUCCUUUGUUGGGGAUGUUUACUUUUUAAUAAAAGCCGGGUUCUCCCUCAGAUUUUUUCCUGGAGAGUGCAUUGUUCAUCUGCAACUGCAGCUAUAAAAGGGCGAAUUUGUGGUUUCACAGACCGGAGCGAGUCACUCUUCACAUGUUGACAAAUGCUGCUGGGAAAUUCCUAGGGGCCCUAAGCUGUUCAAGACUUGGAGAGAACGCUGAGAGGUGGUAGAUAUUGAUCUGAAAUAUAUAAAAUUGAAAUGUACUAAUUUUAAGUGAGUGACUAAAUCAGAAAUCCGCAAUUGAUCGUUCAGCAAGUAACCUAAUGGACAUCGUCUUUGAUCAAAAUAACUGCUGAACCAGCAUUUUUACUUGGUCUCCAUGGUAAAUUAGUGUUUAGAUGUUUACUCAGGAGCAUAUUCUAAUUACAAUCAUGUCUGAUUGUUACCAGAUUGUCAAGUUUAUUAUAUAUAUUUUUUAAAUAGAUGGAACUGUUUGUGGCAGUUAGCUUCUUUAUGAUAUUGGAAUUCCUCCGCAACCGAUGGAAAGUAUUAACAUAAGAAUUGAUGCAGAAUUCGAGCCAGCUCACGUAUGAAAUCGCUGCAAAUUAAAAACAACUAUUGAUACACACGGCUUGUAGUUGGACUUGUGCUUGUCACUAUUUUCUGCACAGGUCUGUUUGUCAUUACCAGUUAUUCAUCAUACAGUCUUCUGUGUAUUUUUUCAGGGAUUACAUCUUGAACUGAUUCCUGCUCUACUGUCUUAAUUCUAUACCGUCAUCACUUGUUUGAGGUCACAACAUGAAGCCUAUCGUGUCCAGUGACUUUUUCAUGACAAAUUUGACUGAAAAUGGUGGCUUUAUUUUCACAUUUGAUCACACCAGUGCCUUUGUAUUGAACAGCCACGUGUCAACCUCACUCUGGAUCAGGGAGUCUGCCUCUGUGCUUGCUUACCUACAAUCACAGCUUUUAAAUGGCACAGCUGAAGGAGAUUUCCUCAUGCUCGCACCUCUUUUGAGACAAAUAUCUUAUUUAUUAUUUAUGCAAAAUGCAAGA